AUGGCUCAGGUGGUAGCUAUGCGGGCGACGAUUCAGAGCUCGAUCCUCGGGUCCGGAUCCGCCCAGGGUCGGAGCUCCGAUAAGCUCAAGCCGCCGCGUUUUUCUUCCAGAGUUCUUGUAAAUCACGAGAAGAAAAGCUGCAGCCGGAAGUUUCGGAGGAUGAGGUCCGAGAUCGCCGCCCAGCAGCCGUUACAGGCCGAGGUGGUCCCGGUGUCGCCGGAGGAUUCGCCCAAGCAAUUCCAGCAGUUACAGACGAUUCAGCAGUAUGGUGAUACUUCAGUGGGGGUGUGGUCAAAGCCUACGGUGAGGCGGAAGACCAAGAUUGUGUGCACAAUUGGUCCUUCCACCAACACUCGCGAGAUGAUCUGGAAGUUGGCUGAGGCGGGGAUGAAUGUUGCACGGAUGAAUAUGUCGCACGGAGAUCAUGCGUCGCAUCAGAAGGUUAUCGACUUAGUUAAGGAGUAUAAUGAGCAACAUAAAGACAAUGUCAUUGCAAUCAUGCUUGAUACCAAGGGCCCUGAGGUUAGGAGUGGUGACCUGCCACAGCCAAUUAAUUUGGCUCCUGGGCAGGAAUUUACUUUUACAAUUCAGAGAGGGGUUGGAACAGCAGACUGUGUGAGUGUGAACUAUGAUGAUUUUGUUAACGAUGUAGAAGUGGGCGACAUGCUUCUGGUUGAUGGUGGUAUGAUGUCAUUUUUGGUGAAGUCCAAGACAGCAGACUCAGUGAAAUGUGAAGUUGUUGAUGGAGGGGAACUUAAGUCUCGGCGGCAUUUAAAUGUGCGAGGGAAAAGUGCAACAUUGGCUUCCAUCACUGAGAAAGAUUGGGAAGAUAUCAAAUUUGGAGUGGACAAUCAAGUUGACUUCUAUGCAGUUUCGUUUGUUAAAGAUGCUCAAGUUGUUCACGAAUUGAAGAAUUAUCUGCAAAGCUGUAACGCGGAUAUACAUGUUAUUGUAAAAAUUGAAAGUGCAGACUCAAUCCCAAACUUGCAUUCGAUUAUCACAGCAUCUGAUGGGGCCAUGGUUGCAAGAGGAGAUCUUGGUGCAGAACUCCCUGUUGAAGAGGUCCCACUUCUGCAGGAAGAGAUAAUCAGGCUAUGCCGUAGCAUGGGGAAGGCUGUUAUUGUUGCAACAAAUAUGCUCGAGAGCAUGAUCGUUCACCCAACCCCAACCAGAGCUGAGGUAUCAGACAUUGCCAUUGCUGUCCGAGAGGGUGCUGAUGCAGUUAUGCUUUCAGGAGAAACUGCUAAUGGAAAGUAUCCACUGAAAGCCGUGAAAGUUAUGCACACUGUUGCUCUGCGAACAGAAGUAACUGUUGUACCUGGCCAAAUGCCAACCAAUCUUGGGAAAGCUUUUAAGAAUCAUAUGAGCGAAAUGUUUGCUUACCAUGCAACCAUGAUGUCCAAUACUCUUGGAACCUCACUAGUCGUGUUCACUAGAACUGGUUUCAUGGCUAUUCUAUUGAGCCAUUAUCGUCCUUCAGGGACAAUAUUUGCUUUUACAAAUGAUAAGAGGAUACAACAGAGACUGGCUCUGUAUCAAGGUGUAUGUCCCAUAUACAUGGAGUUCGCAGAAGAUGCUGAAAAGAGCUUCACUAAUGCGUUGACCGUGCUGCAGAAGCAAGGAAUGGUAAAGGCAGGAGAAGAGGUUGCACUCGUUCAGAGUGGCAGACAGCCCAUUUGGCGGCUCCAGUCCACUCACAAUAUCCAAGUGCGCAAAGUCUAGAUUCAACUGAGAUAAGGAUAUGCCUGCCUAACUUUGUUAUCAGCCCGUGUGCACCACGAUGACUUUGUAUGAUUCUAGCAUUUCCAUUGGAAUCCACGGAAGAUGUUCUUGUGCUUUGGCAGUUUUCCUAUGUGCUAUAUCUAUGUAUUCCUACUGCUUUUACGUUUAGUUUGUUGUGAAAUUGUUGUAGCAGAACAAUGAGUAGCACUCUUAACUUCUACUUUAUUGCCUAUUUGCUUAAUUGGUUUGUUUGAGCAACCCAAUCUUAAAAGUAGUUGAAAUCCCUUGUCUCAAAAUUUUCAUUCUUAUUGACAUACAAUUUCAUCCUCCA